UUGUCCUUUCCCUCUGUCUCUCUUCUUCUUCUUCUUCUUCUUCACUUCUCGCGCUCACUCUUCUUCUUCUUCACUUCUCUCGCUCCUCCUUCUCCUUCUCUUCUAGGGUUUGACAUUCAACGGCGAGUGAAGCUCCGACGCAGAACAAUUUCUCUGGAUUUUCGGCUUUGUCGUGUUUGCAAAGAUGAAGACCGAGCCUGUUGAAGUGGCGGAGGCUCCGGUGGUGUUCCAUUUCCGUCGCGACAGCGAAACCGACGACAGUAAUCCGAGCAUUUUGGAGCUGAUCUCUGAUAUCAGGACUGCGUUUCGGCCCUCCGAUUUCGAUCGUCUGGAGGAGAUUCUCAUCACGAGAGACGAGAAGCUGAAGCGAGAAAUUGAGAAAUGGAAGGAACAGUAUGAGUUAACCAGAGAGAGUCUAGGAAUUGAGAGGCUCAUAAAGGCUGAACUCGAGGAGGAUCUCAAGAGUUUCAAGGUCAAGUGUGCGGAGCUUGAGAAUCUCAGGGAGAAUAUCGAUGCAAUGCGUGAGAGAGCAACAACGGCAGAGGAGCGUGCGAAGAGUUCUGAAGAGAUCUAUGAGAAGCUUCUCAGAAAAGUUAAGAUGGCAGAGAGCGAGAAAAGUUGCGAUCUUGUCGAGUUAAGGAAGAAGAAUGGAGAAUUGGAGUCGGAGAAGACCAGAGCUGAGGAAGAGGUUGAGCUUUGGAAGAGAAGAUUUGUGGAGAUGGAGAAACGGGUGUCAAAGUUGGAGGCUGAUAUAGAGAUCUUAAGUGCUGAAAAUGGAGGAGGUAAUUUGGUUCCAACUAUUCUCAUCACCGACAGUGAUGAUGAUUGUGCUCCAGGAGCCUCCUGCUCUGAAAAAGAAUUAUCUCCGACAGUUCUCAAAAGAAAGCAAUCAUCAUCUGUGAAUGUAAAUGAGGAUGAGAAUGGCGAUGAUGAUGUUGUUCCAGAUAAAAGGAUGAGGCAAGAUCAAGAGCUUGUCGUCGGUGAUUCCUGUGGAAACCCUGACCCCGCAACAGUUACUUGUGCCACUAAUGAUCCUGAAAACAAUGUUCCAUCAAAUCAGGGUCAAGGGUUCUUGGGUCCAUCUGAAGCAAAUGGAGCGCCAAGAAUAAGAGAUUUUUCUAAUUAUUUUGCCAAUUGUCUUGGCGAUGAAGUUGAGUUCAAGGAUAGUUCCUCCUCUUCUGACACUGAUAGCGAUUGGUAAUCCUGGUCGCGGAUCAUCGUAUAGCUAACUGUGAUAUGUGACUACGAAGUUGGAGAAUACAUAUUUUGUCCAUAGCUCCUUGAAAUUAUAUGCAGCUCUGAGCUUUUGUUGCUGGUUGGUGGCUUGGUUUGCAAAUGUACAAAAUGCUGCCUAAAAGUCGGAUACUGUGCUAGCUUAGCUUGUUAACAGAACAGGAGUUGAAACUCCUGUUUUCUUAUAUGGGUAUACUAACAAUCUAUUUCUUUUU